GCUUCGGGGAGGAAUGGCGGCGUCUCGGCUCCUCUUCGUGUGUCUCCCCGCUUUGCUCCUCGUGUGGAAUCAUGUUUCUCGUGGAGCAACGCUUGCGGGCAACAGGAGGAACAACCAGGAACGAUGUGGCUUCAAGACGCAGCCCGGAGCAGAUGGAGGUCGCAGGUUGGCCGUCACGCUGCGAAGCGACAACUGCUCGUUGAACUCUCCGCCGGGCAAGCACGUCAUCCACGAGGUGGCCAACGUCUCCUUCACGCAUCUGGCCUGCGACGACCAAGCCGGGGUGCUCGUCCACUGGUCCGCCAGUCCGCUAGGAAUCGAACACAUCAAAGGUUUCCGGGUUUAUCUGGAGGACAAGAAUCCCGACGGCAAACGUUGCCAACAUCUCCUGCUCAAAGACCCGCGACAGCUCAACUACUCCUACAAGAACACGAAGCUGAGCAGUCAGCCGUUGGGCGGCUUGCGCUUCGACACGGACUACAUGGUCCGCGUUGUUCCGUUCCCCACGCUGAUGAACGACAGCUUCUUCCCGCCGUCUUUCCUCAGGACGAACUCCUGUGAAGUCCUGCUGGGCUCCGAAAACCUGGUCUGUAAACCAUUCUGGAAGCCGAAGACGCUGAGCGUCUCCCAGCUGGGCUCCGAGCUCCACGUGAGCUUCGAGCGGGCCCCGCCUUCCUUCGCCUUCCACCUCUACUACGUUUACUACAAGCUGCGCCAGGACGGACCCUUCAGACUGCAGCGCUGCAAGGCCGACGCGAACCGGCUGAAAACCACCUGCGUCCUCCGGGACGUCACUCCGGGGACCUACACCAUCGAGUUACGAGACGAAAGCAACACCACCAGGAGGCAGACGCAGUACUACGUCAGCCAAGUGCAUUCCCCGUGGGCGGGGCCUAUCCGCGCCAUGGCCAUCACGGUGCCGCUGGUCGUCAUGUCGGCCUUCGCCACGCUCUUCACCGUCAUGUGCCGCAAGAAGCAGCAAGAAAACAUCUACAGCCAGCUGGACGAGGAGAGCAGCGAGUCGUCCAAUCAGAGCGCGGCGACCGCCGCCGACAGGCCGCGGCCCCGCCCCAAAGUCUUCGUCUGCUACUCGGACCGAGACGGACCCGAGCACGCCGGCGUCAUCCAGAGCUUCGCGUACUUCCUGCAGGACUUCUGCGGCUGCGAGGUGGUGCUGGACCUGUGGGAACAUCUGGAGAUGUGCAGAGAAGGUCCCAUGUCGUGGCUCAGCAGGCAGCUGGACGAGGCCAACUUCAUCGUCACCGUUUGCUCCAAAGGACUGCGCUACUUUGUGGAGAGGAAGAGCCGCAGAGGAAAGACGCCGGUGGGUCGCCGUGGCAACAGCGGCGCCGACGACGUCCGCUGCCCGUCGGGGCGGCCCGGCGGCGACCUGUUCGUGGCGAGCGUGGCCAUCGUCGGCGAGAAGUUGCGCAAGGUGAAGGAGGACGACGAUCGGGGCCGCGCCGGCGAGCUCCACCGAUACAUGGCCGUCUACUUCGACUAUUCCACCGAGGACGACAUUCCCACCGUGCUCAGUCUGGCUCCCAGGUUCAAGCUGAUGGACCAGCUGCCUCAGAUGUUGGCCCGCCUCCGCUCGGAGUCCCGGCCCCUCAACGUCUCUCGGCGGAACUACUUCCGUAGCAAGUCGGGCCACUCGCUCUACGUGGCCAUCUGCAACAUGCACCGGCGCGUGGGCCAAAACCCCGACUGGUUCCAGAAGCCCGUCGCUUCCCGCUCCUCCUCGCCUCCUCCUCCGCUUCCCGCCGCCGAGGUUCCCCUGGUUCUGAACCGGGUGCUGGUGAAGACGCCGGAUAGCGGUGACGGGACGCCCACGAAGAACUCGGUGUCGCUGGCCGCCGCCUCCUCUGUCAGCUUAAAUCUCAGCCCGAGUCCCAGUCCCAGUCCCGUUUCCAGUCCCGCUCCCAGUCCUACUCCGGUCCUUCCUCGGGAUUUUCCAUCCAGGCUGGAAUGCGCGUCCAGGACGUCGUCCGUAACCUCCCCGGAGGAACCCGCCCGUCCGCCGCACGAGGGCGACGAGGAGUCCCCGCUCCCCGCGGGCGCCGCGGGCCGUCCCGACCCGCCGCCCCCGCGCGACUCGGGCAUCUACGAGUCGUCGGUGCCGUCGUCCGAGCUGUCCAUCCCCUUGAUGGACGGCCUGGCGCGCGAGCGGGCCGACUCGUCCUCCCUGGCGGAGAGCGAGUCGUCGUCGUCCGGUUUGGGAGACGAGGAGUCGCCGGUCGUCACGUCGCUGGACUGCGGCGCCCCCGAGGUUUGUAAAGCGGAACCGCACCACUUGGAGCCCAGCGCGGGACCGGAAGCCGCGGUCUCGCCGUAACGUACGGAAUUGUCCGGUGAAGCUUUGGGGAUGUCGUAACCAUGGUAACCAGUGUCAAGGACUACGCCUUUGGAAUAUGGGCUCACCGGUGCCAGAAACGUUUGAGAUUUUUCCACUAUUUAAGUAUUGUGGUGCCCGCAGGGGACUUGUGGGAAUUUUCCCUGUUCGUCAUAUUCUUCCGUUCCACGGAAACAUCCCGAGUGGAUAUUUGGCACACGGGCACUUUUUCCCACCCCAAACGUUGUUUCCGUGGUGUACCGCUGCCAGAACGGUUCCUCCUUUUUGUCUGAUUAUAAAGUUGUUUCUCAACAUUUAAAGACGUUGUCCUUUUGCCAACAUGAUGGCAUUUAAACUGAUUUUUUUUUGGUUUUUUUGUUUUGUUUAUUAUUAUAUAAAAAGGGACACUAAAAAGUGAUUGUAGAAAAUAAAAAAAGGGACGACAGCAUUUCCCGCUUGUCUAUAGAUUUUUUAUUUUUGCUGGAAAUGUCUGUUUUCAUUUUAUUUUUUUGUUUCUCUGCAUUGUCUAGAAAUGUACUGUUUUAUAGUACCUUCAUGUAGAAAAUAAAAAAACAAAAUCAUA